AUGCCGACACUCGCCCUAAUCAACUUCAACAUCGUCUGCGCGACGCUAGGGGGCUUCAUCUCCCUAUUUGGACUUGUCUCCUAUCUUUGCAAGGACGUGUUUUACCUGUCCGAGGCUUUGAUCUCUCUCCUAGCCGGUGUCGCAUUCUCCCCACAUGCAGCGAACUUCAUAAGACCUCAAGACUAUGCCUUGCAUGACGAACAGAACCUCGAAACGAUCACGCUGCACUUCACCCGCCUCGUCCUAGGUGUACAGCUGGUCCUUGCCGGUGUGCAGCUCCCCAAACGUUACCUCCAAGUCGAAUGGAAGAGCCUGGCCUUGCUGCUCGGCCCGGGUAUGGCUGCUAUGUGGAUGUGCAGCAGCCUGAUGAUCUGGGCCAUGGUCCCGAACUUCAAGUUCCUCCAUGCGUUGAUCGUCGGUGCUUGUGUAACCCCGACAGACCCUGUCCUGUCCAACUCUAUUGUCAAGGGGAAGUUUGCCGACAAGAACGUGCCCCGUCCGCUGCAGAGGAUCAUCAUCGCCGAGUCGGGCGCUAAUGAUGGUCUUGGGUAUCCUUUCCUUUUCUUUGGGAUUUAUCUCCUGCAAUAUACUGGCAUGGCAAAGGAGAGUUAUAGUGGCGGUGCUGGGAGAGCUAUGGCGCUGUGGUUCUAUGAGACCUGGGCUUAUACAAUCCUGUUGAGUGUUGCAUAUGGGAUUGUUGUUGGUUAUAUCUCGAGGAAAUUGUUGCAUUGGGCCGAAGAGAAGCGCUAUGUGGAUCGGGAGAGUUUCUUGGUGUUUGCCAUUGCUCUUGCGUUGUUUAUCGUGGGAACAUGCGGUUUGAUUGGAACCGAUGAUUUACUUGCUUGUUUCAUUGCCGGAAACGUGUUUACGCAAGAUGACUGGUUCCGUCUCGAAACUAUGGAUGAUUCCCUCCAACCAACCAUCGAUAUGCUGCUCAACUUGUCUGUAUUCAUGUGGUUCGGAGCUGUCUGCCCAUGGUCAUCUUUCCUGAACAACAGCGUGAUUCCGAUCUACCGGCUCAUCUUCUUGGGAAUACUGAUCCUCCUGGUUCGAAGACUCCCCAUCGUCUUCGCCAUGCACAAAGGUAUCCACCAAAUCGAGCUAGUCUCGCAGGCAUUAUUCGUCGGAUUCUUCGGCCCGAUUGGCGUCGGAGCCAUCUUCUACCUAUCCAUCAGCCUUGAAUUCCUACGCGAGAUCAAAGUCAACGGCGAGAUCCCAGAGGAUGUUCAGCAAGUCAUCGAGACCAUUCAAGUUGUUGUCUGGUUCCUAGUCGUUUGUAGCAUCGUUGUACACGGUCUCUCCGUCCCAGUCGGAAAGGCAGGAUACCACCUCCCGCGAACUAUUUCCACUGCAAUGAGCACAAGCACAAACGACGAGUCAACACCAGUGCCAAUAUCAAACAUCAGACACACCCAUAGCACGGCCACACCGCUUGAGGAAAUAAACAGCCAUCAAAGCCGUAAGCGUGGCGGUGCACGAGAGCCCAACGGGCCAUUCUCUGGCAUUCAUCGCUCGGUGAUUCGCCCUCGUUCACCGUCGAACCAGCCUGGUACUGGCCAGACUGAUGAACCCGAGAGACCUGUUCGUCUUGUCUUCCAGGAACCGACCGCUAGAGAGACUGACCGGUAG